AUGGUGGCGAGCGCGCGGGUGCAGAAGCUGGUGCGGCGCUACAAGCUGGCGAUCGCCACGGCGCUGGCCAUCCUGCUACUGCAGGGCCUAGUGGUGUGGAGCUUCAGCGUCCUGGAGGACGACGAGCCGGGCGAGAAAGGAAGGCAGAAGAAGCCACGGCCGCUCGACCCUAGUGAAGGCUCCAAGGACACAGACAGUUCAGCUGGGCGGCGGGGCAGCGCAGGCAGAAGGCAUGGGCGCUGGCGGGGCCGUGCCGAGAGCCCUGGUGUGCCCGUGGCCAAGGUGGUACGGGCAGUAACUAGCCGGCACAGAACCGGCCGGCGGAUCCCCCCCAGCCCACCCCCAGAGGCCCCAGGCCGCCAGAACCUGAGCGGGGCAGCAGCUGAGGAAGCGCUGGUUGGGGCGGCUGGCUUCCCACAUGGAGACACAGGGAGUGUGGAGGGCGCCCCCCAGCCCACAGACAACAGCUUCACGCCCAAAUGUGAGAUCGUUGGCAAGGAUGCUCUAUCCGCACUGGCCCGGGCCAGUUCCAAGCAGUGCCAGCAGGAGAUCGCCAACGUGGUGUGCCUGCACCAGGCCGGGAGCCUCAUGCCCAAGGCUGUGCCCCGGCACUGCAAGCGGGCUGGAAAGAUGAGCCCUGGCAUCCCGUGGGAUGAGGUCCGGGCCCAGCAGCCCAUGGAUGGCCCCCCAGUACGAAUUGCCUACAUGCUGGUGGUUCAUGGCCGUGCCGUCCGCCAGCUGAAGCGUCUCCUGAAGGCUGUGUACCACAAGCAGCACUUCUUCUAUGUCCAUGUGGACGAGCGCUCCAACUACCUGCACCGAGAGGUAGUGGAGCUGGCCCGGCAGUAUGAAAACGUGCGGGUAACGCCCUGGCGCAUGGUCACCAUCUGGGGCGGGGCCAGCCUGCUGAGGAUGUAUCUGCGGAGCAUGCAGGACCUGCUGGAGGUGCCCGGCUGGGCCUGGGACUUCUUCAUCAACCUCAGUGCCACUGACUACCCGACAAGGACCAAUGAGGAGUUGGUGGCUUUCCUGUCCAAGAACCGGGACAAGAAUUUCCUCAAGUCUCAUGGCCGGGACAACUCCAGGUUCAUCAAGAAACAGGGCCUGGACCGGCUCUUCCAUGAGUGCGAUUCGCACAUGUGGCGUCUGGGCGAGCGGCAGAUCCCAGCAGGCAUUGUGGUGGACGGCGGCUCGGACUGGUUCGUGCUAACUCGCAGCUUUGUGGAGUAUGUGGUGUACACAGACGACCCGCUUGUGGCCCAGCUACGUCAGUUCUACACAUACACGCUGCUGCCAGCCGAGUCCUUCUUUCACACGGUGCUGGAGAACAGCCCAGCCUGCGAGAGCCUCGUGGACAACAACCUGCGGGUCACCAACUGGAACCGCAAGCUGGGCUGCAAGUGCCAGUACAAGCACAUCGUGGACUGGUGCGGCUGCUCGCCCAACGACUUCAAGCCGCAGGACUUCCUACGGCUGCAGCAAGUCUCCAGACCCACCUUCUUCGCCCGCAAGUUUGAGUCCACUGUGAACCAGGAGGUACUGGAAAUCCUGGACUUCCACCUAUAUGGCAGCUACCCCCCCGGCACCCCAGCCCUCAAGGCCUACUGGGAGAAUACCUAUGACGUGGCUGACGGCCCCAGUGGGCUCAGCGAUGUCAUGCUCACUGCUUACACCGCUUUUGCCCGCCUCAGCCUGCGCCACAUCACCACUGCUGCGUCCCCCCUGGCCAACCCACUCUGCAGGUUUGAGCCCAGGGGCUUGCCGUCCAGCGUGCACCUGUAUUUCUAUGACGACCAUUUCCAGGGCUACUUGGUGACGCAGGCGGUGCAGUCCUCAGCCCAGGGGCCGGCAGAGACGCUUGAGAUGUGGCUGAUGCCCCAGGGGUCGCUGAAGCUGUUGGGGCACAGUGACCAGGCCAGCCGGCUCCAGAGUUUGGAGGUCGGCACCGAGUGGGACCCCAAAGAGCGUCUCUUCCGGAACUUUGGGGGGUUGCUGGGGCCGCUGGACGAGCCUGUGGCCAUGCAGCGCUGGGCCCGGGGCCCCAACCUCACAGUCACCGUGGUGUGGAUCGACCCCACCUACGUGGUGGCCACAUCUUAUGACAUCGUGGUAGACGCGGAGACGGAGGUCACGCAGUACAAACCCCCACUGAGCCGGCCCCUGCGGCCAGGGGCCUGGACUGUUCGACUGCUUCAGUUCUGGGAACCUCUGGGUGAGACCCGCUUCCUCGUGCUGCCCUUGACCUUCAACCGCAAACUACCUCUCAGGAAAGAUGAUGCCAGCUGGCUGCACGCUGGGCCACCCCACAACGAGUAUAUGGAACAGAGUUUCCAGGGCCUGAGUGGCAUCCUGAACCUGCCUCAGCCAGAGCCCGCGGAGGAGGCUGCCCGACUACAUGCAGAACUCACGGGCCCGGCGCUGGAGGCCUGGACAGAUGGGGAACUAAGCAGCUUCUGGUCUGUGGCCGGAGUGUGUGCCCUGGGCCCCUCCGCCUGUCCCUCCCUGGAGCUCUGCAGACUGACCAGCUGGAGCUCUCUGUCCCCGGACCCGAAAUCGGAGCUGGGGCCUGUCAAAGCAGAUGGGCGACUCAGGUAGCAGGGUGCCAGCCAGCGCCUACGGAAGACCCGGGAAAUUGCACCUUACAGAUGACGGAGGGCUGUCUCCCUCACAGGCAAGAACCAGAGGCCCAGGCUGUACACCCAUGUCAGCCAUCAAGAACCCACAGAUGGCAGGGAAGGUGGGCAUAGUAUUUACCACUGAAAUGGCUCUGCUGGGGACCAGAUGUUAGCAGGAACAUGGGGAGAAGGGCUCCAGCUUCCUCACCUUCUCCUCUAAUUUUUUUCUUUUUUAAGAAAAAUGGGUGGUGGGGAAUGAACUGGAAACAAAAGAUGUGCAAUAGGGCCCAGAGCAGCCCCAGGAAGUGGGCCAAGGCUCUGGGGAGCAGGGGCCAGACAAGCCCAUCUGCUGCUGCUCUGGAGGAGGCUGGGCUUGCCUCACUCUCUAGGGCCUCACCGCCCAGCUUUGGCCUGUGGUGCUCACGGCUGAGGCUCUGCGGGGCUGCAAGUGCUGCGGCAGGCUCUGAUCAGAGAAGCACUGCAGAGCUGGGCUCUAAUGGGUCAGCCUCUCCUCUUGUAGCCAGGGGACCAUAAAAGAGGGGGCGGGGCUGGCCCUAGGGCUUUCCAGCACACCCUGCCCCUUGACGGGAAAGACAGGGCACCAGGCCUGCUGAGACCACUGCAGUCUCCCAGGUACCCAGAACUGCAAGCAGGGCCUGGGCUUCUGCCCUGGAGUGGUGAGCCCGCAGGAGCGACAUGGGAAGAAGACUCCUCCAGGGCUCUCAGGAGAACCUGGAGCAGCAUUGUGCCUGAAGCGCAGUGUGAAGCCUGAAAUAUGCAACAGAAGAAAUAUAUCUCUCUCUCUCUCA